UCAUCAGGGCGGGUAGUUAUGUUAAGCCCGCCUCCAAGGACCCCUGGAAAGCCAAUAAAAAAUUAUAAGGACAUUCACCUAACCAAUGGAAGAGACUGAGAAUGCAGCCAUCGGUUAAUUAUAACGAUAACUAAUCUUAGCUAAUGAUCUAAGCAUAGCUACUGCGAUCAUGGCAACUGUUGAGUUCGUGGCAGCUGUUCGGGCUUUAGCUGAUGAUGUUGAUGCUAAUCGUAUUUCUAGUAGCGAUAUUGUGGACAGGGCGCAAAUGCUGAUGGAACGAAUGGCAGAACUUUCCUCUGUCACCGUUCUCAAUACUUCUGUUGCAGAAGCCAAAUUUUUCGAAGCUAUAUGCUUAUUGUCUCCUGCUCACCAGGCCGGAAGGCCUACCAUUAAAAUAUCGGUGGAGGCCUUAGAAGGGUAUAUCCGUCUUGGAUUGAAGAGAAGGGAAAUUGCCCGUCUUUGUGGUGUCAGCAUCCGUACAAUUUCGCGCAGAUUGCAGCAACAUGGUCUAAGUGUUUCCACCAUGUAUUCGGAUGUCACCGAUGCUGAGCUGGAUUCUCUGGUCUUGGAACUACACAGAGCCCACCCACAGUGUGGAUACCGUAUGAUGAGGGCAUAUCUUCAGACAAGAGGUCAUCGGGUGCAAAUUGCAAGAGUCAGAGAAUCACUCAGAAGAGUAGAUCCACAGGGCACAGAAUUUCGAUCCCUCCUUAAUCGGACACUACAUCGUCGACAAUAUAAUGUCCCUGCACCAAAUUGCCUUUGGCACAUAGAUGGCAAUCAUAAAUUGAUCCGUUGGCGCCUGGUCAUCCAUGGCGGAAUCGAUGGUUUCAGUCGGCUUGUGGUAUAUCUUGUUCCGGCCACCAACAACCGUGCAGCAACAGUUCUUCAUGCGUUCCAUGGUGCUGUGAGGCAGUUUGGUGUGCCAUCACGUGUGAGAUCAGACAAAGGACGUGAAAACGUUGAGGUGGCACACUUCAUGGUACAGACCCAAGGAGAAAAUCGCAACUCCCACAUAACUGGGAGAAGUGUGCACAACCAAAGGAUUGAACGUCUAUGGAAAGAUGUCUACACACAAGUUCUCGAUCUUUUCCAUUCACUGUUUACUGAAAUGGAAUUCACCAGAAUGCUGAAUCCUGACAAUGAAAUCCACAUCUACGCUCUCCAUUGGGUCUUUCUGCCUUUGCUUCAGACACACCUAAAAAGGUUUCAACAAGCUUGGAACUUCCACAGCAUCAGAACAGAGAACUACCAAUCACCAUACCAACUGUGGCUAAGAAACAGAGAUGCAGCUGCUGAUCCACAAGACAUUGAUGAUCUUUAUGGUGCAUCAAUGGAUGGGCCAGAGCUGGAAGACAUGGAAGAGGUCCAGAUUCCAGAAGUCCAGUUACCCCAUGAUCUUUCACCUGAAGAGCUAGCAAGACUGCCAGAUCGUGACAUUCCUAUGAGUGAAGCACUUGAUGUUUACAACUCCACUGUACAAGAGUUGGAACAUAUCUUCUCAUGAAAGUAUAACAAAAAUGGAUCAAACUGCUAACAGUCAACCUCCUUCAUAAAGUUUGACCUUUUGAAUAUUCAAAGUUCUAUUCUAUUUUUAAACACUUCUUUUAAGUUUACAUUUAUUUGCUUUGUUGGGCAUACAGAUGUCAAAACAUUCAUUGCAUACAUAUUGGUGCUAGCUAACUCUACUGCUUAGGAGAGAAAAUCUUUCUUUUAUUUUCUGUUGCCCUCACAUGCAGCUUAAUUUCUGACCUAAAUACACAAUUUCUACAAUUUUGAAGUACCAGUGACUUUUGACUCAGAAAGUAUGUUUGAUAGGAACACUUUUUUUUAUGUUGUCUACAAGGAACUCUGCUUGCAUUGCACAUUUGUGAAUUAUUUGCCUUUUUUUUUUUUUGAGGGGGGGUAUAUUUUCUUGUGGUGAAACGCUGAAAACGAUAAAUAUAAAUACAGGAAAACAAGUUUGGUAUUUUGUAAAUAAAAUCAUGUUUAAACAUGUAUAACUGUGUACGUAUUUAUGUAUGUAUAAAAUCCAACUUUAAGAUUAAAAUAAAUAUUUGUGAGUUAUGCUUUUCAUAUUUUUUUUAUUAGUAUUUGUAUUCCGUUUCUGCAGUAAAAUGAAAAAAAAAAGACAUUCUGUGAUUCAACUUUAUUUUUCAAAUCAACAAUGAACCAUGAACGAUGCAG